UUUCAUUUGGUACACUGGUGUCACUUUUUAUUUUAAGUGAAAGGGAAUAUUUUUAACUAGACUUCUAAAUUAUAAUUUCAGUGGAAAAUUGGGACACGUCUUCUUAUCUUUGAUGAAGACCGGAACACGGCUAUUUGAUACAGAGUGGAACAGCAUGUCAACUUUCUGCUGUAUCUGCUCUGACCAGGAGAACGAUCCAUGGGAUGUCGUGUAUGCAGCAUUAGGUUGAACUUCGGCAAGGCGCUGUCCAAAGUAUCUGUAUUCUUUAUCAUGCUUUUGGUUUUCAUGUAUUUAUUCUAUAGCCUCGCCGGAUUCUCUCACUCCUUCCCAAAAGGCACAUUUGAUCUGCAGACCUCCGUCAGUGAAUAUGAUGUCGGGGACGACUUUCAAGAUAAUGUCAGACUUUCAGAAUAUUCACGUGUCGCGCAUCCUAUACGCAACCGAACGGACUUUAUUCCUGGCCUCUCCAGCGUUUCACCUAAAUUUGCCUGGCAAGUCAUCGGUCACUUGCAGCAACAGAUGCCGGAGAGGGCAGGUGCUGGCGAGGCUGUUUCCAGGAGCGCAAUGCCUGUAUCGAAUUCAUUUGGAUCCAAGAAAUUCCCCCAAGCCAUCAUCAUUGGCGUCAAGAAGGGUGGAACUAGAGCACUUCUGGAGUUUCUGCGCGUCCACCCUGAUGUUAGAGCUGUUGGCGCGGAACCCCACUUUUUUGACAGAUUCUAUGACAAGGGGCUGGAGUGGUACAGAAAUCUGAUGCCUCGCACACUGGAGGGACAGGUGACCAUGGAAAAGACGCCCAGCUACUUUGUGACCAAAGAGGCACCGCUGCGGGUCUGUGCCAUGAACUGUGACACCAAACUCAUCGUGGUGGUGCGGGACCCGGUGACCAGGGCCGUCUCCGACUACACCCAGACCCUCUCCAAGAACCCCGGGCUGCCCUCCUUCCAGAGCCUGGCCUUCCGGAACGCCUCCUCCUCCAGCCCGGACGCCAUCGACACGUCCUGGAGCGCCGUGCGGAUCGGCCUGUACGCUCAGCACCUGGAGAGCUGGCUGCGACACUUCCCGCUCUCGCGUUUCAUGUUCGUCAGCGGCGAGCAGCUAGUGGCCGACCCGGCGGGGGAGAUGGGUCGCGUCCAGGACUUUCUGGGCAUCAAGCGCAUCGUCGGGGACAAGCACUUUUACUUCAACCAGACCAAGGGCUUCCCCUGCCUGAAGAAACCGGAGGGGAGUGGGCGGCCCCGCUGCCUGGGCAAGUCCAAGGGCCGGCCACACCCCCUCAUUCCCCCAGAGGCUCUUCAGAAGCUCAGGGACUUCUACAGGCCAUUCAACCUGAAGUUCUACCACAUGAGUGGUCAAGACUUUGGCUGGGACUGAUUCGUUGAGGACACAAUCUCAUCAUCUGUAGCAUUUUAAAGCUGAGGUACUACAGGAAGCACUCUUGUACUGUUGUACUCUUGUACCUUGUUGCUAAUGAUGAAUCUUCAGUUAUUGAAAUAUCAUCAAAACAUGGAUCACUUGAUUAUCACUUACACUGGAAGGGCCUAAGAUGUUCUUAUUCCCAUGCAAGCUGUUUCAGGCUGAGGCCAAAGAAAUGUUGGUGGUUGCUGUCAGGAACACAGGUGACACAGCUUGUACAUAAAGUCUCUUUGAUCAGCUAUUUGACUGAAGGUGUCAGGGUAUUGUGAAAUUUCCAUUGUACAGAUCAGAGAGUGCAGCUUUAACACAUUUCGGUGUAAGAUAAUUCACUUGUGUGACAGAAUGCUCCAAAAUCAGUGAGGGGGACCGGGAGCGAACAGGAUGAAAUGAAUUGUACUCAGCACAGGACGGCUCUGUGAGCUGUGUGUCAGUGUUGUCAAAAACCACUUGCUUCUCAAAUGAUUAAUGUCUUUCUCUCAAGUUCUUUUUUGCCCUUCAUGAGAAAUACAAAGCUGUUCUUUCCAGUGUUCAGGUAUGUAUAUAUUGUAAGUCUGUAGCUGUUGCUGUUGCUAGUUCACGGUCAAGAACAAGUCUAUGUUUUUGAGAACAUGUACAAAUCUCUGCAACACAUUUCUAUAAACUCCAUUAAGAACAUUGCCAAGUCCCUGAUCAAUUGUAUUAAUCUCUGUUAUACAUUUAUAAAUGGUGUAAAUAGGAUGCAAAUGUCUUGUUCAGCCCUGCAUAAGUAGAAUUGCCUGUUAUAUGGAGAUUUCCGCUGC